AUGUUCGGGGCCCCCGGCUCCGUCAGGCGGUGGAACGACUGCUUGGGGGGCUCAGAGAGGGAGAGGGGGGAGUAUUGGGGAUCCCCCGAACCCAUCGGAAGGGCUGAAGGAGGGUUCGUAGACUAUCCGUUUGAUGAUAGAGGAGAUGGAACGAAUACACAAGCUGCUGUGUUCACGGAGGUGUUGCGGUCACUGGUGGUGGAGGUCCUCCUCGACAAGCCGAGCGAGAAGGUCCUGUUUCAUGUCUGGCGGGAGGGGCAGCAGCGGGCGGACGCGGCGGCGGGGGACAGCGCCUCCUUCCAGAUGGAAGAGGAUCAGGUCAUAGCGGAGUGGCACAUGCUGGUACAGGCCGCCAAGACGCCGUCCGCCUACCUCUCCUCCUUCCACGCCUUCGUCCUCGCCAACGUGCUGCGGCGGCCUAUCCUGGUCUACGGGGAUCGCUUCGUGCGCGGCAGAAACGGCGAGCCGUACGCCCCCUCCGACGUACGCGGGGUGUACCUUCCAACACUGGUGGAUCCCGACGUGUGCUACAAGCUGCCCAUCGCUGUGGGUUACACGUGCGUCACCGUCGGAAAGGUGGGACACUUUACGGCCCUCGUAGGGGUGGACGGGGAGCUGCGGCACCUGCCUCUGGUGGACGAGCACGGGGACGGUCUCCCCAUCAGGUACGGCCUCCCUCCGGCGACCGUGGCAAACCCCCGCCCGGAAGAAGAUUUCCUCGAGGACUACUUGAUGACAACGCUGUUCUACACGGAAGAAGGCAAGCAGUACCCGAUGGCAGUGCUGCGCGGCGCCUACAUGACCCCCGAAGCAGCCGAUGUUCGGGCAGCCAUGGCGCAGACCGCCGUGACCGCCUUCGAUCGCCUGGCCAAGGAACAGGAGGAGGAAAUAAAACGGGCCUUGCUGGCAUCGGAGGGGGAAAACGACAACCCUCCGAUCCCGAUCCCGACCCCGACCCCGACCCGGCCGCCGGCAACAACCGACGGAGACGGGGACAAACAGGGCCCCACACAAUCGCCGCCGGGGCCCCCGGUCCCGUUAGCCCCGUCCGAAGCAAAGUUGCCGCCGCCGCCGCCGGCGCCCCCCGCCGCUACCGCCACGAAGCACGGAGACGGGCUGUGCAGCUGGUCAGCGUCCAGCACCACCGACCUGUCGGACGGCCCCACCGCGGGCUUGUUCGUGGACGACGGUAACGGAGAGAGGGAUAAGGGUGCCGUCGCUGGUGGUGGUGGUCCUACGGCCAUAGCCGGCGGCGGCGGCGGCGGCGCUGUGGCGUUAAGGGGGGGUGGCGCCGAGGGCGGCGAAGCGGGGUCGGCAGGAGCAGCUCCGCGCGCCGACAGUGCUGCGGCAUUGUUGAGCGCAGCCUGUUAUGACGAUGGCAGCGGCGGCGGCGGUGACGCUGUCGGCGUGCCGGCGGGAGAAGCGGGAAGGCCAAGCGGCGAAGAGGACACAGAUGGCCGUCGGGCACGACUCGAGAGACCGGAAAGCAGCCCUCGCGCAGAGGGAAACGGCGGCGGUGUUGAUGGUGGUAUCGGAGGUGGUGGGAGUGAGGAUUCCCCCCCGGUAGCGUCCCCGCCCAUCGGCAGCCGGCUUCUCUCCGCCCCCCUCGACAUGCUGUCCGCGGUCGGGGCGUGGGCAACCGGCCGAGGGAGGUAUUCUGUUGGGUCGGCAGCGAGCGACACGGCCGCCGCCGCCGCCGCUGUCGCUACCGCUACUGCGACCGCUGCCUCCUCGUCGUUGUCGGACGGUGGGCGGACUGCCAGCAGCAGCGAUAGCAUCAGCAGCACGGCGGCAGGCGGCCCCCCCGCUUCGCCGAGGAGCGGGAAUGGCGUCGGAAGCCGUACCGGUGGGUCGGGCGGCGCGGGCGAUGGCGCGCGGCCCGGGAAGCUUGCCGGCGCCAGCCCGCUAGACCUGAGACUGGACGACUUCUCCGGCCACGGCGCUGGCGACGACGGCGGAGCGUCUGCUUCCGGGAUGCCUCGUUCCGUACACGUUCCGGGGGAGGAGGAAGGCAUGGGCCUCAACAGUCCGCCGCCCAAUGGCAACGGAGAGGCGGAGGUUGCGGCCACGACGAACGGGAAGCGCAAGCCGGCGUGUUCUCCGGCCAUCACCCCGGAAGGGGCGAACCCUGGGCAGCACUUCGGGGAUGCCCGGUCGACCGCCGCCGCCUCCGCCACCGCCGGCGUUGAGGAAGACUGGAGGGUGGCGAACACCGCAGCAGCACCAGGCUCGAGGCGACGAAGCAAGGGGAGAAACAGCACGGGUACGGCCGGGCCGCCGCCGCCACCGGCACGAAGAGCGUCCGCUGUAGCCGGAGCCGAUGAUACAGCGGCGGCUGCUGGGCAAGAGGAGGGGGAGGAGAAGCCCGGGGAGUCAACGGGAGUCGCGGCCUCCGUGCGCGCCUUCGCCGCCGCGACGGAGGCGUACCACGCCACGGAGAGGUGGCGCUCGGCAAGGUCGGGGGGCGCGGGUUCGCGGCGCGGGCAGCCGCACCCCAGGGGGAGCAGCCCCGGCGGCGAUGGCGAGGCUGCUACCGGCGGACGCAGUAGUAUCCCUUGGCUCGCGACGUCGUCGUUGGCGAUCGCGGCGGCAGAGCGACGACCUCAGGGUGAGAGCCGGGCCGAUGAGGUUGGGCGGCGACUCGCUGCCGGCGGCGGGUCUUCGAGCCACGACGGAGGAGGAGGAGGCGGGGCGACGGGGGCUCGAGCAGGGGGCGGGGUGGAGACAAGGCCAGAAACGGCGCCCCCCAAGGCAAGGUAUCAUUCCCGCACGCGCCGUCCGCGCGGGGAGGACCCCUCCGGGGCGCCGUUCGACCGCUACCCGUUGACGGAACGCGGCAGCCGCUCCGUCCAGGACGGGAUCGACACCAUGUCGCUGGCCAGGAGCAUCGCCUCGGGGGAGCGGCGCUACCACAGCAGCGGGAGAUUACCGCACGUGGCGGCCGUGGCGGCGGGGGCGAACCACGACUUCGACCUGGGCGGGGGGCACGGCGGCAGCAGCAGCUGGGACGCAUACCACCUCCCGGUGGAGGCGGCGACGUCGCCGACGCGUCGGCGGCGGGCGUCGGCGGCGGGGGGGGGCACGCAGUCCGCAGGACGAAGGGAGUCGUCGAACCCCUCUCCUCCGCGCGAGCUGUCAGACUACAGGUUGUACCCCCGCUCGACGGCGUCGACCACCGAGGCUCGUGCGCGCCGGGCCGGCGCGGGCGAAGGGGAAGCCCGGUCGUCGAGGGGGAUGUCGUCGUCGUCGCCGCUGUCUCGCGAUGGCGGUCUCUGCUCCUUCGCUCGCAGCAGUAGCGGCGGCGGCGGCGGCGGCGGCGGCGGCGGCGGCGUAAGGAGGGACGUUGGCGAUGGUUUCGCCGGGGCCGGGGACGAAGGGGGAGAGUGGCGGAACCGAGGGGAGUCAGCAGGCUACUACAGCUACGGCGGCAGCAGCUACUCGUACGGAGCGAGAGCGGGCUCCUCGACGGCCUCCCUCUCUCGACAACUCAGCGGCAGCGAGCGAUCCCCGAGCCCAGCGUUUGCCCGCCCGUCCUCCGCCUACCGGAAAUCCGACUACCUCCGGGCGGCAGGGCUUACGAGACCGGGAUCCUCCUCCUCCUCUCUAUCGCGGGCGGCGCUAACCGGACGGAGAUCGCCGCUGCGCACGUCCAUCUCCUCCUCGUCAUCGUCGGUGUCAGCGUCGUCAUACCUGGCGUCGAGGCAGCUGGGAACGGCAGCGUCUGCGGCGGGGUUCCCGUCGAACGUCCCCGGGGCGGUGUUGACGCAGCAGCAGGGGCUCUCGGCGAGGGGGGGGCUCCCCGCGAGAGCAGGGUCGGGCGGCGGCGGCGGUGGCAGCGUGCGGUCCAACGGCAGCGUGCGGUCCGGCAGGUCCUACUCGGGCAGCUGCAGCGGGUCCAACGCGGGGUAUGACGGGCAGACGCUGUCCGAAAUUCGGCGGAGCUUGGCAGCCCGAGAGCGGCGGGAGGUGGAGGCGACGAGCGUGGGGGCGCCGCGGAGUCGUACGGCGUACGUGGACACCCCCAAGUUUUACUAGAGGGGGGGGAGGGGGGGUGCUCAUAGUCGUGCAUACCGUAGUCGUUAUACCAUUGACCUCGCAUCCCUACAAAGCCGGGACGGAGCACGCCGGGUUCUCACCGGACCAGGCUCUCACAUCACCAAGCGCGAAGCGCCGUGAGAUAUUCGGCGAGUCGCAUGAAGGGUGCGCUGCAUCCUGCUAACGGUGUUCCACAUCUUGUGCUUAAUUCCUUGCAUACGGAUGACAGCUGCGUAUGACUUCAUUUAUUUUCUGGUGCUUUCACUUCCAGAGACAGUUGUAAGCACUGUGUAACUGCCUCGAGGGUGCUUGACCAUUUUAACACAACGUGGUGCGAUCAUCCCCCUUGCGCGGAGUGAGGGUUCUCCGACCCGCACAACAGGAUCUACUCGACCACCAUUCAUGGUUACCGCCUUAAAAAAAACAGAGGUAAAAAAAAAAAACGGGAACCUGGUUGCCGAGUUCACGAAUCUACUCGACCACCAUUCAUGGUGAACGCAAACGAAGAACCCGAAGGCAAAAGAAGCGGCAACCUGGUUGCCGAGCUUGCGAAGUGAUCUGCUUGUUUUACAACAUCCUUGCCAAGCGACGAAAACCCAACCCCGAUGGCAAACACCCCGGGGGGGGGGGGGGGGGUGGGGGGGGGGUUGUCGCGUCUUCGUCCGGUCUUGGUGGUUUUCGAUAACACACUGCCAUAUUUGUUUCUUGAUUGCUAGCAUCGGCCUAGAAAAUUAACCGACCAAUUAGCGCAAAUCCGCCAGUCUCAGUGCCGUUGAAAACUGAACACGCUUCUUCUGAAGGCCAUGAUCUGGGACCGAAGCGGUGGGGUGGGGUCAUCAUGUGUGUGUUUGCGCGCGCCGGCAUCAUUGUGUUUCUUUUCGCGGGCGGGGUGUGACAAAAGCGGUGAUGUUGGGGUUCUCGAGGUGUCCCCCAUAAGUUUCAGGACUAGCGACGACUGCUGCUGCUUCUUGUUUAGCAUUUUUUCAGUAGAUUUAUCGAUGUUCGUUCGUGAUGUAAUAUCCGUUUUUUUUUUUUUAUGUACGUAUUGUGUCGCCCCCCCCCCGGCUUCGCUCACCUUACAGAAUGUUUGACUCCGGCUACCCAGGCAGGUGGCAUUUUUUGCUCUGUUGUAACCUAAAAACCGAGCUAGUGAGUGUGCAAGAGUUGAUUGUUCGGGUGUGUGUGUGGUUUUGGGUGGUUAAGCUUAGCUCGCUCGCUUGUUGGUGGUGUUCUUUCUUGUGGGAUGCACAUGUUGUGGAUUUACUUGAAGUGAUGAGAAGUGGAGUUUUAUGCCGGUGAUGACGCUGUUAUCGGACACCCUUCCUUGUUUUUUUUUUUUUUUCGCGCUUCAACGCCUGUGCGGCUACGCGUCUUGUCUGCUUUCUCGCGACGGGACCCUCUCCUUUUUUGUCCAGGCGAAGGCGUGUUUAGAAGUGGUACAUACGUGAAGAGGGCAAGAAACGGUUGGAAAUAUUUAUGAGAUAUCGAAUGAUGAUGGGUGCUCUAGAGGAGUACCGUUGCCACGAGCGGGCUCGUUAGAAAUGUAUAACACGAAGGAGACAAUGCUGAUCUGUGGUGUGUGGACGUACUUACGCGAGAGCGAAAUAAGACCCACGCAAGGCCAAGUUUUAGAGGGUCUGUAACGUAUACGGCGUGGGAGUAUUUGAGCCGGCGUUGAUGCGAAAGGCCCG